CCUUCACAAUCAGUCAGCUCUGUAUUCCUCUCUCUUAUUAUUUCUCUUGUUGGUAAAAAUGGAAGUGAGAGGUCCAGUGAUGUGCGUGUUGUUGAUGUGUUACAUCUUUGGUCAUAUAAUAACAAGUCAUAACAGUUGCUUUAUCGAAGCCGGGAGCUCGUCUAAAUACGGAGAUCUUGAAAUCGAGAAGAAGUUAAGGACAAUUAACAAACCCGCCGUCAAGAUCAUCAAGACUAUUCAUGGAGAAAAAUACGGAUGCGUGGAUUUCGUCAAGCAACCAGCAUUUGAUCACCCUUCUAUGAAAAAUCACACAUACCAUUACAAGAUGCGUCCGAUAUCCCAUCCCGAUGAAAAGAGAAAAAGAGAGACAAACAACACUGCAUUUGGUUACUUAUGGGAGAAUGGUGUGGGUUGUCCCAUUGGUACGGUCCCUAUACGAAGAAUCACCAAAGACGAUAUCUUGGGAUUAAACUCGUUAGAGGAUAUAUAUACACCUCGUAGUUCUUACAACACUACUACCUACGGUACUAGUGACCCGUAUUACGACCAACAUCAUUUUGCGGUGGGUCGGACACCGAACAAAGGAAUGGUCUUCAAUGGAGCAACAAUGGAACUGUGUAUAACCGCCCCUAAGGUUAAGCCUAGCCAAUUCAGUAGUGCUCGGCUUCACAUUCAGAUGGGAGACGAUUUCAUACAAAUGGGUAUAACUGACAAAGCAAAUGGGAACUGGUGGUUUGAGUUUGGUACAGACGCAGAAGAAAUUGGUUUCUGGCCGUCGAAUUUGUUUCGCCAAAGCUCUGGAAACUACGUCGAGUGGGGAGGAGAAGUGUUCACCGCAUCACUACCUGGUCCUCAAAUGGGAUAUGGAAUUUUUCCAUUUGAACAAGUACGUUACGAUGCAUAUGUCAAACGUGUAGCCAUACUCGAUGAUAAUUAUAACUUUGAUACUAAAGUGGAUUAUAUGGAAUCAUUUUCGGACGAUAAUGGAGGAUACAAAGUGAUCGACUUCGUAAAGUCUGAAUUCCAAGAUGCCGGUCAUAUAAUCUUUUAUGGUGGUCCAGGACUCGAUCAUUAA